AUGGUGGACCCAAGCAAGUCAAGGAAGGAUAAAGUUAGAUCUAAUACUUUCCAUCAUUUCGAGAACAAUUUUAUCAAGAAGCCUGCUGAGAAGACUUCUAUUAUGACAUCCGAGAUUGUUUCCCAUGAAAGAAAGAAGAAUAACAUCGUUUUCCAAAAAUAUGAGCAAAGAAAACCCAGUCAGAAGCCAGUGGUGGAUCCAAUAUUUACAAAAAGGAGCUUGAAUCAAGAUUCAAGAAACGUGGAAAAUUUUACCGAGACUCCCCUGGUGUUUAGAAGUGAUCCUAAAUAUAAUAAUAUUACAAGUUCAGAGACAACACAACAUGGUGGGAAACGUCAAAAUGUCCUGCAUAAUAGUAAUAAGGUGAAGAAACUGACAUUUGUUAAAACGAUGACGAAUGGUAAUAAUAAUAACCACUUGCAUGCAGCUAAUUUGAAUACGGAGGCAUUCCAAAUGCAUAUGAGUCAAGACCUAGCGAAACAGCUGGAUGAUACCGUAUCGGAGCUGGCAAAUGCUUUGCAUUACAAAGAAGGUACAAGUAAUGAAAGUAGUUCUGGAAGGAUGAUGAAAAACGACAAUGAAUUUCAGGACUCUCUUUUGCUCAUGCAAAAUAAUGAAAAUAGCAACGCAGCAAUCGAUCCUAAUGUCAGUUUGAGUUCUCCAGAUUUCAUAUUUUCUAAUAAAACAGACAAGCCUAGCUUGACGGGGAAAUUCAGCUCCGACACCAAAGUGAAACUGAACAAGACGCAGCCGCAACCUCCUGUGAUAAAGGGAUACUCAACUUAUACUUUCAAGGUGAAUUUGAAAGACGGAACAAAAUAA